AUGGGCGAGCGUUGUUGUGCGGCGGUGCUGCGGGUGCUGGUGCUGCAGGCGGCCUGGGCGCUGUCGGGCGGGCAGGUGCGCUACUCGGUGCCGGAGGAAGCCAAGGCCGGCACGGUGGUGGGCCGUCUGGCGCAGGACCUGGGCCUGGAGGCGGGCGAGGCGGAGGCGCGGCGGCUGCGGCUGGUGGCGCAGGGGCGGCGGGCGAGCGUGGAGGUGAGCGGGGCGAGCGGCGCGCUGCUGGUGAGCUCGCGGCUGGACCGGGAGGAGCUGUGCGGCAAGAGCGCGCCGUGCGCGCUGCGGCUGGAGGUGCUGCUGGAGCGGCCGCUGCGCGUCUUCCAUGUGCAGCUGGAGGUCACCGACAUCAACGACAAUGCCCCCGUCUUCCCCGCCGCCCGAAAAAACCUCAGUAUCGGAGAACUUACGACCCCGCCGGGGUCUCGUUUCCCGCUGGAGGGCGCGUCGGAUGCGGAUAUUGGAGCGAACGCGCAGCUCACCUAUACACUCAGUCCCAGCGAGCAUUUCUCUUUGGAUUUACAAAAAUCGAAUGACCGAAAUAUCGAACCGGAACUCGUAUUAAAGAAACCUCUGGACCGCGAGACGAUUCCCGUUCAUCGGUUGGUGCUGACGGCGAGUGACGGGGGCCGGCCGUCUCUGACGGGCACCAUGGAGCUGGUGAUCUCGGUGCUGGAUGCAAACGACAACGCGCCCCAGUUCAACCAGACUUUGUAUAAAGUGCAGCUGCCAGAGAGCGCUGGUGUGGGGACGCUGGUGACGCGGGUGAAUGCCACGGAUGCGGACGAAGGAAUUAACAGUGAGGUGACCUAUGCUGUGACGAAUUUCAUUCCCACUAGUGGAAAAGAUGUGAUUUCCAUUAAUCCGAAUACUGGCGAAAUGCACCUCACAGCAGCCCUGGACUUUGAAGAAGUCAGUAUAUUUGAUUUUCGUAUUGAGGCGAAAGAUAAGGGAACGCCCGCGCUGACGGGUCACUGCCGAGUGGAGCUGGAGGUGCUGGACGUGAACGACAAUGCGCCGGAGGUGUGGGUGACGUCGCUGUCGGUGCCGGUGCCGGAGGACGCGUCGGUGGGGACGGUGGUUGCCCUGCUGAGCGUGUCGGACCGGGACUCGGGGGAGAACGGUCGCGUGCGGUGCUGGGUGUGGCCGGCGUCGCCGUUCGGUCUGGAGGCGACGUUCGCGGGCUCGUACUCUUUGGUGCUGCGCGAGGCGCUGGACCGGGAGCGGGUGUCGGAGUACGAGGUGGAGGUGCGUGCGGAGGACGGCGGGGCGCCGGCGCUGCGCGCCAGCCGCGGGCUGCGGGUGCCGGUGUCGGACGUGAACGACAACGCGCCCGCGUUCGCGCAGGCCGUGUACACGGUGCUGGCGCGGGAGAACAACGCGGCGGGCGCGGAGCUGGCGCGGCUGUGGGCGCGGGACCCGGACGAGGCGGGCAACGGGCGCGUCAGCUACUCGGUGUGGGAGGGCGGCGCGGGCGUGGGACUCGGCGGCGGGGCCGCGGGCUCCUCGUCGUCGCCGGACAGUGGGUGGCGUUCGGCGUCGAGCUACGUGUCGGUGGACGCGGAGAGCGGGCGGCUGUGGGCGCUGCAGCCCUUGGACUACGAGGAGCUGCAGGUGCUGCAGUUCGAGGUGCGCGCGGUGGACGCGGGGGAGCCGCCGCUGAGCGGCAACGCCACGGUGCAGCUCUUCGUGCUGGACGAGAACGACAACGCGCCGGCGCUGCUGCCACCCACGGGCUCGGCACCGGAGGCGGGCGUCGUCUCGGCAGCCGAGGCGGCGCUGGCUCUGGGGGCGGUGGUGGCGAAGAUCCGCGCCGUGGACGCCGACUCGGGCUACAACGCGUGGCUGCGCUAUGAGCUGUGGGAGCCGCGGGGCAAGGGCCCGUUCCGCGUGGGGCUCUACAGCGGCGAGGUGAGCACGGCGCGGGCGCUGGACGAGGCGGACGGGCCUCGCCAGAGGCUGCUGAUCGUCGUGCGCGACCACGGCGAGCCGGCGCGCUCGGCCACGGCCACGCUCAGCGUGUCGCUGCUCGAGGCCGCCGAGGCGGCGCUGGCCGCGGGAUCCUCGUCGUCGUCGUCGCUGUCGCGCUCGGCGGCGGGCGCGGAGCUGGGGCCCGGCGCAGCGAGCGCGGCCACCAACGUGUGGCUGGUGGUGGCCAUCUGCGCCGUGUCCAGCCUGUUCCUGCUGGCCGUCGUGCUGUACGGGGCGUCGCGCUGGGCGCCGCGGGCGGCCGUGCUCUCGGGGCCAGGACCCACCACGCUCGUGUGCGCCAGCGAAGUGGGCAGCUGGUCCUACUCGCAGCGCCACAGCCGGAGCCUGUGCGUGACGGACGGCGCUGCCAAGAGCGACCUCAUGGUUUUCAGCCCCAACUUCCCUCCUCCGCCGCCCGGUCCUGCAGCCAAGGACACGCAGCCGGAGUCCUCCUCUCUCAUCGACACGCCAAAACACCCCAACCCGGACUGGCGCUACUCUGCAUCCCUGAGGGCAGGAAUGCAAAGUGCUGUGCAUAUGGAGGAGGCAGGAGUCCUGCGUGGAGGAGCAGCAGGGCCUGACCAGCAGUGGCCAACAGUCUCCAGUGCCACAGCAGAGCCUGAGGCGGGAGAGGUGUCCCCCCCAGUGGGAGCUGGUGUGAACAGCAACAGCUGGACCUUUAAAUUCGGACCGGGCAAUUCCAAACAAGGUGGUCCUGGUGAGUUGCCAGACAAAUUCAUUAUCCCAGGAUCUCCUGCAAUCAUCUCCAUCCGGCAGGAGCCACCAAACAGCCAAAUUGACAAAAGUGACUUCAUAACCUUUGGCAAGAAAGAAGAGACCAAGAAAAAGAAGAAAAAGAAGAAGGGAAACAAGACUCAGGAGAAAAAGGAAAAGGGCAACAGCACCACUGAGAACAGUGACCAGUGAGGGAGUUAUACUGAAAAAACCCUCUUAGCCAGUUUUUGUAAUAAUGGCAGAUUUCUCCUAUGUAGCAAAUCCCAACUUCUUCCUACUGUUAACACAUUUCCUGUAUGUACAGACUUGAGAAAAUGAGCAGGAAAUUCAGUGUCUGUCUAAAUUGCUUAACAGGUUUUGUCUUAAAAGCUUUAUUAAGUCUGGUGUUAACUCUUUUUCUCCACUCUGGCUUGUUUUCAGAAUCUAAAAAGCAGACACAAGUUUCCUUUCUCCUACGCCGAAAAGGAGAAUCUUCACAGUACAGCCAGUGAGAGGUUGGACUCUGCACUGUGGUUCCUGUGCUCCUGUCUUGAUGACACUUACAGGACAGGUUUAAAAGUUUUAAUGUUGUGCACCCUCUAUCUGAUUGGAAAUAUUUGUGUGCAGAUGUCAGCUAGGUGAUAUGAGAUCAGAUUAUAAAAUGCAAGACGAGCUGGUAAAUAUGCAACAGAGGAAACACCUAAUGAACACAAAUGUUCAAAGAUGUUCAGGCUGGGGAAAAAAUGUCUGAAAGGAGAUGAGCAGACAAAUCCUGAGAAGUCACUGUGUGGAAAUACCGACUCCUAUACAUGACGUAUUGUACACACUGCUUCAAAUGAAACGUCACAUUUACAGCUCUUUAAGACACCAUAAAUUCUAGCUCUUUACCAAGCAAGCCAUUGGAAAAAUUAUCCCUUAAAGCCCUGCAUUACCCUGGUAAGGCUAGCCCUCAGAGAGUAACAAGGGCUGGGCUGACAUCCCAGGAAUGUAACUGUGAUGCUGUGUGUCCCUAUCUCCACAUUAUUUUGCACAUGAUGUCUCUGAAAAGGUCAGAGUUUUUCCACGACACUUAUGCAAAACAGAGAAAAAAAGUAAUGUUAACUAUGCUAUUUGUUAUUUGAGAUAUUUAUUUAUAAAGAAAUAUAGCUGUAAAUGUUAAAGAAAUAUGAUGCCCUUUGACCCAAACAGAAGUCAGUCUAGAGCCAUUAUAAAUUACAAUUGCUGCUAUUAAAGUUCUUUAGAAAAAUUGCCUGGACCAUCUGUACUAUAUCGGCCACUUGCCAAUCACAGCUUUAUUCUGUCGGGUGACUUGGGGGCUGCCUCUUGCAUGUAUUAAUAAAUACAAGAAUAUCUUCUCUCUUUUUUUUUGUUUUUUGCAUUAUUCUGCACUUUGAAUACACCUUUGCAAACAAACUGUCCUGAUAUGAAGAAGCAGAAGCAAACUCCUCACACAGAUGGAUUUACUAACCUGCUAGCUCUGUGCAGUACCUUGGUGUUACCUCCCACACGACCUUUUCUGACUUUAGUUUUACUUUUCUAUGAGAUUAUGGAUUUCUGACCCUACUAACACUCCUUAUGUAAAAUUCAAGUACUGUAUGUAUGCUGUAUGCUCUUAUAAGGAUCCUGAAAUAUUUAUUCUGUGCUUGUGUAUGUGAAUGUCAAUGCAACUAUUAUUAGAGUGGACUUUAAGCUUUACUGUUGAAUGUAAAUUCAUUAUUUCUUUUUUGUACACUUGUGGAAAAGUGGAGUAGUGUUAAUUUUUUAAGCCACUGUUGAUUAUCAGUUUUUUUUGUGUAUGAAACACAAGUAAAAUAUCUUUCUUAAACCAA